CAAGUUUACAUUUAUUUGGUUAGAAAUUUUAUAAAAAGAUUUACGAAUGAUGGGAAAGGUGACGGUAGGGGUGGCGGUGGUUGGUGCCGCGGCAGUAUGUGCUGCCGCGGCGCUGGUGGUACGUCACCGUGUUAAAAGCUGUUGUCCGAACAAAUGUGUUCGGGCCAGUGAUAUAUUAAAAGAACUCGAGGAAAAAUGUGCCACACCUGUUUCGAAACUGAAACAGGUGGCGGAUGCAAUGACGGUUGAGAUGCAUGCUGGUUUGGCUUCUGAAGGUGGAAGUAAAUUAAAGAUGCUUAUUAGCUAUGUAGAUAAUCUUCCUACAGGGAAUGAGGAAGGAGUGUAUUAUGCGUUGGAUCUUGGAGGAACAAAUUUCCGGGUUUUACGGGUGCAGCUAAGUGGCCAGUCUGGUAUUGAACAUCAAGAGUUUGCGGAGGUUGCAAUACCUCCUCAAUUGAUGGUUGGAACUGGGGAAGCACUUUUUGACUACAUUGCAUCAGAACUUGCAAAAUUUGUUUCUGAUGAAAGUGAAAAGUUUCGGCUAGCUGAAGGGAGACAGAGGGAGUUAGGUUUCACCUUCUCAUUCCCCGUGAUGCAGUUGUCUAUCGAUUCAGGGACUCUUAUUCGGUGGACAAAAGGCUUUUCAAUUGAUGAAAUGGUUGGAAAAGACGUGGUUGCAGAAUUGACAGCUGCAAUGAAACGACAAGGCGUUGAAAUGCGUGUUUCUGCUCUGGUAAAUGAUACGGUUGGAACAUUGGCUGGAGGUAGAUAUGAUGACCAAGAUGUUGCUGUAGCAGUGAUCUUGGGUACUGGAAGUAAUGCAGCUUACGUAGAACGAGCUCAGGCUAUACCAAAAUGGCAUGGUCCACACCCUAAAUCAGGAGAAAUGGUCAUCAACAUGGAGUGGGGUAACUUCAGGUCAUCACAUCUUCCGUUAACAGAAUAUGAUAACACACUAGACUUUGAAAGUUUGAACCCCGGGGAACAGAUAUUUGAAAAAAUGAUUUCUGGCAUGUACCUGGGAGAACUUCUUCGUAAAGCUCUAUUUAGGAUGGCUGACGAAGCUGCUCUUUUUGGUGACGCGAUUCCCCCCAAACUAAAAACUCCAUUCAUUUUAAGGACACCUGAAAUGUCUGCAAUGCAUCAUGACACUUCCUCUGAUCUCAAGGUAGUAGGGAGCGUAUUGAAAGACGUAUUUGAGAUAGAAAACGCACCACUAUCAACAAGAAAAAUCGUGGUAGAGGUAUGCAAUAUACUUGCUACACGAGGAGCCCGGCUAGCUGCUGCUGGGAUAUUGGGCAUUUUGAAGAAAACCGGAAGAGACACCAUUAGAGACGGAGAGAUCCCAAAGACAGUCAUUGCAAUGGAUGGGGGGCUAUACGAACACUAUACUGAAUACAGACAUUGUCUCGAGAACACUUUGCAUGAAUUGGUUGGAGACCAACUUGCAAAAGACAUUAAACUUAUACAUUCCAACGAUGGGUCUGGCAUCGGUGCAGCUCUUCUUGCAGCAUCUCAUUCCCAGUACCUCUAAGGUUUAACAUAUACAAUCUUUUUUGAUCGAGAACAUACUCCGAUCAUAGUACAUAAUGAUUGGACACUGUUGUUAAAAUUUCCCUAAAUAUAUCUCUUAGUUUAGGUGAUAUCCAUUAUGCAAAAUGGUCUAAUUUAUGUUAAAAAGUGUAUGAACUUAUUUAGGAUCCUGGAAGUGGCUUUGCUACUAGUUUUGUUAAUUCUUUUUCAUUUUGGAGCUCAUUAAGUUUAAUAAAAAU